AUGAGGGAAAUAGGAGCCAAUAGUAUUGGGAAAAAUGUCUGCUUGGUGAUGGUGGGAGAAAUAGAGCUGAACACACCACAAACUCGUCAGUACUUGCGGCAUUGUUUAUUUCGGGGUACUGCGAUGAUGGUUGAAAGUGUCAGAUGGACAGCGACUGCGUUGGUUGCUGGAUGUUUGAUGUGUUCCGGAAUCAUGGCAGAUAUUAGUGGCGAAUGCUACGAACGAGAGAGUUAUAACGCAUCGCGUUCUAUUCCGUGUAAAGAGACCUACUACGAGAGAUGUUGGUUGUUCUUCACCUGCGUUAAGACGCGCACGAACUACAUAAAUGAGACAUACGAGGCGUUCAGAUUGAACAGGACAUGCUGCGGAGGCUACGAAAACAAAAGUGGAAAUUGUGUGGCACAAUAUUCCAGAGGCUGCCAAAAUUGCCAAAAACCACGUACCUGUGGCUGUAGUGAAAACCCGAAGAAAUGCGUUUCUGUAUGUGAAACUGAAUAUCGGAUAUCAAUUUUCUGGAGUCAGUGCGAUGAUGAACAUAAAUUUAGUGCUGACAGAACCAAGUGUUCGCCAAAAUGCAACCCUUCUUGCGCGGAGAAUGCAUGGUGCCAGAAGCCAAACACCUGCGUGUGCAUGCCUCGCUACGUGGGUAACGGCACCAGCUGCUUGCCGGAAUGCAAAAAAGGCUGUGCCAACGGAAGAUGCGUAGCUCCUGACGAAUGCCUCUGCAACGAUGGCUGGAACGGACCGUCUUGCGACGAGCCACUCGCAUGUGUAGUUGCUUCCUUGGUCCCCGAGAGUCAUUCUGACGAUACGCCAGCCAGCAAUCUUUUAUUGACAAUGGGCACUGAUGAUGAAACUAACUAUUCUGAAAUUGCGCGAACCGUGCCUGCGUGCGGUAUAAAUUGUCCGGACGAACUCCUGAUGCACGCUUUCCAUUCUACUAAGUCUGGAGCAAACGUGACUUACCAUUUGAUCCCUUAUAAUGGUGGAAUUGAUGUAAGGUGCAAUAACACGAAACCUGAACUGUCAUUUCUGGAAAAACAUAGCAACUUGAUAGCAGGAGUACUGCUUGCAGGAGCAACUCUUUUCCUAAUUGGAAUAACCCGCCUCGGGUAUAUCAGCCGACUAAGAGAAAAAUCGAAAAACACAACAAACGAUGACCCAGAACCUACAUAUGACGACGUUGGAUUUAUGCCAAAUGUAUACAGUAUCAAAGCUAAGGAGCCUCUCACGUGCACGCGAGUACCAGAAGGAUCUUACAAGACAACGAAUGGUGUCCCUUUGAUAUCGGAGGCCAACGAGCAAAAUAUUUUCGCGAUGAUUUUCAUAGUCUUAGAUAUUCGCCUCGUGAGAUUUUUAGCAAAAACUGUUAAGCGUCAAAUUCCACAAAAUUGGGAAGAGCCAAUUGGCAAGUUCGUUAGAAACUGUAGACUGAAAAAAGAACUCCAAGAAAAGCAUUGCACGGUUGAAAUCGCGGCAUUUAUUAAAAAAUCUAGCAGCAAAACAGUCUUCAUUAAAUUACAUAGAAGCAGUUCAUCGCUAAAAUUUACCCUGAAUAGAUUUUCAAGUUCAGUCGAUCUCUUAUUCAUUAAGAUAAUUGAUUUUUGA